CUAUGCGUCAUACAAGAUCGCUGUCAAAAAUUCUUAUCUUUGAUAUAGAAGUUAUUGCAUAAAAUUUUAUAAUUGUCAUAAAAAAGUGUUCAAGAUUAAAACAUAUUUAUAGCAUUUACAUUAUUUAUUAUCUUCAUUAUUUUUUUUCAUUGUUAUAAAGUGAUUAUAAUUAUUAAUUAAGAAUUUUUUAGUUUUUAAACAAAAGGACAUGGAACAAACAGGUGAUCGUCCUCAGUGGCUUUUGGAAUUGGAAAAUCGAAAAAAAAAGCCCCAUUUAGCGCAUGAAGCCGGAGCAGGAGCACCAUGCAUGAUAUGUAACGCUUUGUGUCCUGGUUUAGAUUUACAUUUUUGGCGAAAGACUUGUAAAAUUUGUAAAUGUAGCAGAGAUGAUCAUGACGUUGUCAAUGAUGAUUUCCCUCAGUUCGAUUUAUUAUUUGGUCCAUCUGGAAAAUCAAAAAGAAAACCUAUGUUAUUGGUUAUAUCCAAUAAAAAACAAAAUAACAGUGAAACUGUAUUUGACUGGAUACCACCAGAUACAACUAAGGAACUUGCUACAGAUUAUAUGAAUGCUUUACCGGUAGAAAAAUUACCAAUUUCUGGAUCCACUGGUGCAAUAUUAAGAAAACAGUUGCUACAAAAACAAUUGCCGUUACAUGAUAUUGAUCAUAAAGCGUGUGAUGAACUUAGUGAAGUAGAGAAAAAAGAAUUGGAAAAUUAUGUUGAAAAUUUGAAAAAAUAUGUAGGACAGGGCAAAGUAAUGAAGAUGUUAGGUGCACGUCCAUUUGAUCGAUCAUUAAUGACACCAAUUAAUGCUACGGAUAUGCAACGUUUCAAUUCGCAACAUAAAUCACAGAUAUCUGUAACCAUACCACAACUUCGAACACCUAGCAGCUUUACAAAAAAUAUUCCAUAUUUAAAAGUUCCUUUUGAAAAUAGACCAGAUGCAAAAGUUAACAUGGAAACAAAGGAUAAUGAAAGAAACGUUUUAGAUAAUAAAUGUUCAAAGCCAGCCUCGUUUCAUAAAUUAGUUAAUUCUUCUGUAUCUACUUAUGAUGCAAAUUCAGAAUUACCCGUAAUUUGUCAGCAUGAAUUUUGUGAACCUCUUCAUUGUAAACACACAGAAAUUAAUCCAUGUUCUUUGCCAACAACAAAUCAUGAUAAAAAACUUAGACAUGUAGAACAGAAUACUGUGCCUCAUAAAAGCAAUGUUGAUCUUCAGGUAGAACCACCCAAUACAGAGAUAUUUGAUAAACAUCCAGAAAUGAAUCUCCUCGAAGUUGCAGAUAAUAUUUUAGCAAAUGCAUUACUUCCACCUAGUGCAAUAAACGUACAUGAUAUUGUUAGUAGCACUUUAGAUAAAAAAGAAUUAAUGUUUAUACGGGAUAAACUGAAUAGCAAGUACAGUAUGCAAGAUAAUUCACAAGUUAAUCAUACACGGAAUUUCGCACAUAAUAAAGGAGUGGACAAAGCAGCCAUUAUGGACUCACAAAAAAAUCUUUCACCAAUUGGAUCUAUGCCUAAAAGUAACGUAAUAGAUAUGACAAAAAAUGAUCCACAUGGGAUUAAACCCAUAACAGCAGAAAAACGUGUAUCUAAACCUGUAUCGGAAGUGGUUCAAUCUACUUGUGCCAAUAAUAUUGCACCAACUUUUAUUCAAGAUAAAACAAGUUCUAUACAUCCAAGAAAUAAACCAUCUAAUACUAUUUCAUACUCACCACAAACGCAUAACGUUAUAAGUAAUGCAGAUUCGUUUGAAAACAAACCAAUGUCAUCUAUAAAUGCACAGGAUAAAUAUAAUAUUGAUCAUAAAGAAGAACCUAAAAAAUCUGAAUCAUCUACAUUACCAUCGGAUAUUGAUAAUACAAAUUGCAUAAAGGGUAAAUUAAGUGGUAUCAAAAAUGUGCAAUCGGCUAUUUCUUAUUCUGAGAAUUUACAAAAUCAAAUAUUCCCAUUCGAGCCGAAUUGCAAAAUAAAUCAGUCCACAGAAAACCAACCAGAUAUAGAUUCUGUUAAUGGAGCUGUGAAAGGUUUAACUAUUGAAUCUUCAAAACCACAAAAUUGCGAGAAAUGUCGAAAAGAAAUUAAUGUUGGUGAUGUAGUUGUAACUGUAGAUAAAGCUAAGAAUAUAUUAUGGCAUCCAGGAUGCUUUGUUUGUUCUGCAUGCAAUGAAUUACUUGUCGAUCUUGUAUAUUUUUAUUACAAGAAUCAAUUGUAUUGUGGUAGAGAUUUAGCAGCUCUAUUAGGGAUUCCAAGAUGUUUCGCUUGUGACGAAUUAAUUUUUGUACGAGAAUAUACUGUUGCUGAAGGCCAUAAUUAUCAUGUAAAACACUUUUGCUGCUGGGAUUGUGACAUUCCAUUAGCUGGUCAACAGUAUAUAUCUGAAAAUGAUCAUCCUUUGUGCCUUCCUUGUUAUCAGAAUACAUAUGCAAAAACUUGCAAUGCGUGUAAUGCAGUGAUUGCAGCUGAUCAACAAGGUGUUGCUAUAAAAAAUUUAAAUUUUCAUGCAAUCGAAAUGUGUUUUUGUUGUUAUAUGUGUAAAAAGAAUUUACUAAAUAGUAGAAUGGCAGUCAAAGAAGAUAAACUAUUUUGUAGUAAAGAUUGCAUUUCCAAAUUUUCUAAUUAAUUGAAAAAUAUUACAUAUGAUUUGAUAUAAUUCGAUAUUAUCAAAAUACAAUCAAAUUUAUAUUUCUUCUAUUUGAUAAUAUUGCAAAUCAGUUUUAUUUAUCAUU